AUGUUCCCUACUCAGAAAGAGCCUCGCGGCGUCGCAGGGGAUGCGUCAGCUGCAGGACUCGAAGGCCACCUCCGGAAUCUGAUUCUCACAAACGCCAAUCCAAAUCUCAGCCCAGCGCCUUUUAUAUCUGCAGACACUCGCCCCCAAGUCGCGGCGCCAUAUCCACAACAAAAUACCAAUACCAAAUCCAAUUAUCCAGCAAACCAGAUGGCCUUUGAUGCCACAUCCCAGCAGGGGCACCCUUCGCCAAAGGCUGGCCGGAAGCGCCCUAAUCAAGCUCAGCGGCGACAGAUGGCAUCUCAGUUCACAAUCGCCCCUGACUCGCCGCCGCAGGUGCCUCCUUAUCACCAUCCAGCAAGGCCCAAUUCCCAAUGGACAGCUUCGCAGCCUCAAGCUUGGCCAGCGCCGAGGUCCUCAGAAUUCCACCGCCCGCGUAACUCAUGGAACGGCCCUCCGCAGCCGUCUGGGAAUAGGCCUGCGUACCAACACUCGCCGACGCCGAGGUCGUUUAAUAAUACGGGACCAUCUCACAUCACACACCAGAGCACAGGAUCAGCCUAUAACAAUAGCUAUCAGCGUUCUUACAUUACGCCGGAAGAAAUUGCAAACCAAGCCCGUCUGCUGGACGAGCUCUCUCAUCAAGUCGUAGCUCAUUCCGAAAUCGACAGAUCUGAGAUAGCGGAGAAAGAAGCUUUUCGACAGCGGAUAGAGCAAAUUUGCCGCGAGAUUAUUUGCCGGUUUGAGGAACAGCAAGACAUAAGCAAUCCGAUCCCGCCGUAUUCUGUGGAGUUAAAAUGUUUCGGCAGCCUUGCUUCUGGAUUUGCCACAAAAGCUUCGGAUUUAGAUCUUGGCCUCGUAUCACCCCUCUCCAAGUUUCCGCCUGAUACCCCUGGGUCUCCCAUACCUCGCCUAAUCGAAAAGGCAUUUUUAGAAGCUGGUCUCGGCGCAAGGCUUCUAAGCCGUACCAGAGUCCCAAUCAUUAAACUUUGCGAGCUCCCCCCGGAGAAACUCCUCAAGGGCCUCUUACAAGCACGUAAGAAAUGGGAACGCGGUGUUGACAGUGAUGCGCAACCCGGAACCACCGAAGCUGAGCAUGGAAAUGAUGGCUUUAAUCAUGGCGGCGAUGGUGAUGCUCACGCACAAAGCGGAGUAGCUGAUGCUGGAUCAGGCUCUCCGUCGGGCGAAUUUGAGAUCAUCUAUAAAGACUCUGGCGAGACGCGCCGUUUCCAUCUACAACAAGGGCCAAGAAAUUCUCUUGAUUCCUACUAUGGUCUAGCUAAGCGCGUUUUGCGAAAGGCUGGCGGCCAUGACGCCAACGCUUCAAACUGGAGAGACCUCACCGAGCCCGAAUGGGAUAUUCUCAAUAGAGUCUGCCAUGCUUUUAUACAAGGUCUGGCAGAUGCCUCCUUGCGAGAUCAUAUCGCCUCAUUUCCUUCCGUCUCGGCAGCGGGGAUUCUAUCAAACGCAGCCUACCGCCGCUCGCUGUCAGGGAUAUAUAUGCAAAUAGAAGGAGCAUAUAUAAUACGGAAAUGGGAAUCAUGGAGCGAGGGCCGUCUCCUGAAACAAGUUGAAGAUGAUAAACUCAUCACACAGUGGGAGUCUUUGCAGUCGAGGCAGUUGUCAGAUAUCGAGCCUAUUUCAUAUAAUAGGGACCUUCACUUGGCUCUCGAAAAACUCAAAAAGAUGCCAUCUAUGCAGCUACUACUACUCCAGCAAGACCAACAAGAGACCCCCUCGCAGUACAACAUCAGGGUCACAAGCCUCAUAAAUAACAUAGGGCCUUACCAUGAAAGCUCCUUUUCCGCGGUGCAGGAAGCUAUAAUUAGUCAGUACGUGGCCGGAGUCUUCCAAGAAGAAAUACGUACCCAACUCAGCGAUUAUAUACAACAAUUUCCGGAGCAGAGGACCAUCCAAGCGGUGGGAUGUCGCCAUAAAAGCAUUCAUUUAGCCAAUGAGUUGAAGAAGGCUGUGGAGAACAGUUUAUACGAAGCAGCUUUUGUGCCAGAUAUUACGCAGUAUAUCGAGCUGCUACAGCAGCCGCUACAAAAAAGAAUAAUCAAGCCAGGAAAACCAUGUUAUAUCAUGCCUGUCCCGCCUGGACUCUCUUCUACGUUUGCCACAAUCAAGACGCUAGCUGAUCCCCACAAGAUGAUGCUGAAUGACAGAUAUCGCGAUCCGCUGGAAUUCCCUGCAUCAGAUGCAGGGGUACAAUGCGAUAUCAAUUUUUCUGCUCACUUGGCUCUUCAAAACACACUUUUGCUGCGGUGCUAUUCGCAUACAGAUCCACGAGUUCGCCCCAUGAUCCUUUUCAUCAAACACUGGGCUAAAGUGCGAGGCAUCAACUCUGGAUACCGCGGUACUCUAAGCAGUUACGGCUAUGUUUUGAUGGCCCUCCAUUAUCUCGUCAAUGUUGUGCAGCCUUUUGUUUGUCCAAAUCUCCAACAGCUUGCACCGCCGCCACCCAAUAACUUGUCACCGGCUGAAAUUGAAUCCACCAUAACUUGUCGAGGCUAUGACGUUCAGUUCUGGAGAAAUGAAGAAGAAAUCGUAAGACUAGCAUCUCAAAACCAACUGAACGGAAAUAGAGAAAGCAUUGGACACCUACUGAGGGGUUUCUUCGAGUAUUAUGCUCAAAGUGGGACGAUGAGCAAUGGCAUUGGUAAAGGAUUUGAUUGGGGCCGAAAUGUCAUCAGCCUCCGAACGUAUGGAGGCAUUCUAACAAAGCAAGAAAAGGGAUGGACGGGAGCAAAGACUGUAUAUGAAGUUCAGAAGACAGCAGGCAAUGCAGCCGCUCCAGCAAGCCCUCUGCAGUCAACCGUUCAGCCUCAGGUAGCUCAACAAGCCACCAAGGACGAAGAGGUCAAAGAGAUUCGGCUCCGAUACCUCUUUGCUAUCGAAGACCCAUUCGAGACCGACCACAAUGUGGCGCGGACAGUCACUCACAAUGGCAUAGUAUCGAUUCGUGACGAGUUCCGCCGAGCUUGGAGAAUCCUUCGCGCCGCUGGCAACGGAAACACUCAGGAGAGCCUAAUUCAGGAUGUUGAGAGCCAAGAAGAGCUUUCAGCUACAUUUUUGCAACUACUUCAAGACAUACACGGACCCACUCCAGCCUAA